ACGAUUUGCUCCGGGCGGUAACUGUUGAGGUUAUCCACGUCAAAAAAGAUGGGCAGCAGCGGCUGGAGGCCGGCAAUUUUCCGGCGAAGAUAGUGCACGACAAGCUCGUUCUCCGUCGGGGCGAAGUGGUAUCCCGGAGGCAAUUUUAGCAUGAACCUUCUCUGGUGCUCGGUGCUGGCAGGGGCGACCUCCAUAGCUUAUAUACAUGGCCUAGUGGCCCAUCACGUCGACGGCGUGCGGCGUGCCGUGGCUAGAUCGAAAUUGGCAGCAACAUCGUAGUAUGAUUUACGUGCAGAAUAGUAAGGAUUUGUUACAAAUUGAAUUCGUUGGCUUAUAUAGGCUCGCUGUGCCUCAGGUGUUGUCCUGACGCCGGACUCCUGUUCUGAGCUUAUCUUCGUUUCUUUGGAUAGACCGUCUCUUCCCGAUUCUUUCUACUCCGUACAAGACUUAUUUAGAUAUCCACGUACGGCACGGCUAGCUGGCAAAGAUGCAAGGAAGAAACAGAGCAGAGUCCCAGUGGCGCCCUUGCUCUGUAUCCCCGCGCGUCCCCCGCUACCUCCGCACCGCCGGCGCGCUCGCCGCCGCGGUCCAGAGCCUCAUCUACGCGCGCCCGACCCGUCCCGAGUCGGCGUGUCUCCACGCGCAACUACUCGCGUCCGGGCUCCGCCCCACACCCGACCUGUUGGUCAAGAUCCUCAUCCUGCACCUGCGAUGCGGCUCACACCGCAACGCCCGCGCGGUCUUCGACGGAAUGCCGACCCCGACCCACGCCGCGCACAACUACCUCGUCGCCGGGUAUUUCCGGCUGGGACUCCCCGAGGAGGCGCUGGGGGUCGUGAGGCGGAUCGCGGGUUCCACUGGGCGGCUGGACGUCUUCGCGCUGUCGAUGGCGCUCAAGCUGUCCGCGGCGCUGGCGCUGCCGGGCGCCGCCAAGGAAGUCCACGCGCGCGUCGUGAGGUCUGUUGUCGAGUUCGACGACAUCCUCUUCGCGGCGUUGGUGGACGCCUACGUGAAGAACGCGUCCCUGGGCUAUGCGCGGCGUGUCCACGACAUGAUGCCGGCGCCGGCGCGGAGAGUGGUGUGCUCGACAUCACUGAUCGUCGGGUGCAUGAACGAGGGGUUGUACAGGGAGGCCGAGACCAUAUUCGAAGGCAUGGAGGAGAAGGACGCCGUGGUGUACAACGCGUUGAUCGAGGGGUACAGCAAGACGGAGGAGACCGCGGAGAGCUCGCUGGAGGUGUUGAAGGCGAUGCAGCGAGCAGGGUUCCGGCCCACGGUGUCGACAUGCGUGAGCGUGCUUGGCGCGUGCUCGCUCCUGUCGUCGCCGGAGCUCGGGGAACAGGUGCAGUGCCAUGUUAUCAAGAGCAACAUCGUCUCUGACAUCAAGGCCGGGAGUGCGCUGCUCGACAUGUACUCCAAGUGCGGUCGGGUGGAGGACGCACGGAAGGUGUUCGACGGGAUGGCGGAUAGGAACGUCAUCACAUGGACUUCGAUGAUCGACGGGUACGGAAAGAACGGCCUCUCUGAGGAGGCUCUCGAGCUGUUCGGGGAGAUGCGGCGGCGGCAGCAGCAGCGGGGCGUGAAGCCAAACCACGCCACGUUCCUGAGCGCCCUGUCGGCGUGCGCCCGAGCCGGGCUCAUGUCACAGGGCCAAGAGAUAUUGGAGAGCAUGGAGCGCGAGUACUCGCUGAAACCACGGAUGGAGCACUACGCGUGCAUGGUUGACCUGUUGGGCAGGUUCGGGAGCGUGCGCCGGGCUUACGAUUUCGUCAGAGGGAUACCGGCGAGGCCAAACUCCGACGUGUGGGCGGCGCUGCUCGGGGCUGCCACUCUCCACGGGGACGUCGACAUGGCCAACGUCGCGUCCAAGGAGGUGUUCGCGCUGAGCCACGCCGGGAGACCAGGCGCCUACAUGGCCUUCUCCAACACACUCGCAGCAGCCGGGAAGUGGGACGGUGUCCACCAAGUCAGAGAGAUGAUGAGAAGUCGAGGGGUCCUCAAAGACGCAGCUUGCAGCUGGGUUGGGUCUGAGAACUCUUCAUCCGCUCAAUGAUGCAAAGCCAAUGAUUACUCCUUGUAAAAUUUAUUUGUUUUAAUUCUGUUUUAUUCUUGCAUAAUUGCCUCCCCGUACUCCUGUUUGCAGCCUGGCAGGUUUUGGAGUUCAUACAGACUAGCUAUAGGUCUAGUCUCAUUUAGUUA